GCUGUAAUGACGUCAGGCUCCAGCGGCUUGUUUCCUGAGCCGUGAGUGACAUGUGAGAGUCGCAGGUGAGCCGCUGGUAACGGGAGGGGAUGCGUUUUGUGCUUGCGGUACAGUGGAGGCUGAAUACAAGAUGACAAUGGCUGAGAUGGAUACACCGAGGAAUGAAUUCAAGGAAGAAGAAAGCACCGACACGAGGAAGGAUCGGGAGAAAAAGAAGCGUUCUCGGGUGAAACAGCUACUAGCUGACAUUGCCAAACAGGUGGACUUCUGGUUUGGUGAUGUCAGCCUUCACAAAGAUCGUUUUCUGAGGGAACAAAUUGAAAAAUCCAGAGAUGGCUAUAUCGACAUAUCCCUUCUAGCUACUUUUAAUAAAAUGAAAAAACUGACCACAGACCACAAGCUUAUUGCCAGGGCCCUGAAGAAUUCUUCUGUAGUAGAGAUAAAUCUAGAGGGUACAAAAAUUCGACGACUGCAUCCCAUUGGCGAGAAACCACAAGAUGUUGAUGCUCGUACUGUAUAUGCGGAGCUGCUUCCUAAAAAUGUUACACACAGCUGGAUAGAGCGGGUAUUUGGUAAAUGUGGCACAGUGGUCUAUAUAAGCGUCCCUCGGUAUAAAACCACAGGAGACACCAAAGGAUUUGCAUUCAUUGAGUUUGAGACACAAGAACAAGCUGCCAAGGCAAUUGAGCUUCUAAACAACCCACCUGAGGAAGCACCGAGGAAAGCUGGCAUUUUUCCGAGAACUGUGAAAAGCAAACCUAUUCCAGAGCUAAAGGCCCCAGAGCCGCAGGAAUUAGAGGAAAAGAAAAAAAAGAAGAAGAAAAAGUCCAAGAGCAAAAAGGAGAGUGAUGAAACAGCAGAGGACGAAAAUAAUGACCAGAACAUCAUGGAAAUCUCAACAAAGGAGGCAACAAAAUCCAAGAGGCACCGCAGUGUUUCUGAAAGCUCCGUGACGGAUACAUCCGAGUCUAACAAACAGGCCUUUAAGAAGGAGACGCGGAAACGGGACAGAGCAGAGAGCUCCGAUCAUUCAGAAGAAGGCAGACCUUCCAAGAGAAAACACAGCAGUUCAGAGGAGCAGGACUCCUCCAAGUACAGGAAACUGCAAGAUAAGGAUGGUCUACAGUCAAAAUCAAAAGUGACACCUUCCGAGCUGAUAGAAUGUAGAGAGAUUUCGACUGAAGAAGAAAAGGACACAGGUGAUAAGAAGGAAAUGUCUGCUAGCAAAGUGAAGCGAAAACGAAAGAAGAAGCAUAGGGAGAGGCACAGAGUUGGAGAAGAGGUCAUCCCUUUAAGAGUCUUAUCCAAGCAAGAAUGGUUAGAUCUCAAGGCUGAGUAUUUGACCCUGCAAAGAGCUAGCAUGUCUGCCCUAAAAAAGUCGAUAAGGGGAAGAAAUAAUGAUUCGAUGGAGGUUGAAGAAGCAAAACAGAACUCAAGUGUGAAAGACGUUAAUAUGGUGAAGAACGAAACACUUGGACCGCAGUUUGUCUGUGGGGUUAUUGUGAAGAUCACCAGUUUGGAACCAUUUCCAAAUCGCCAGCAUGUUAAAGAUGCUUUGUCUGGGGUCUCUGAAGUGGCAUAUGUAGAUAUGCUGGAAGGAGAUACAGAGUGUCAUGUUCGUUUUAAAACCCCUGAAGGUGCCCAAGCAGUUCUUGAUUCCUGCCCAGAAGUGCAGAGAAAGCAUAACUGGAAAAUGCAGAUCCUUUCUGGAGAUGGUGAGCAGAGAUACUGGCAGAAGAUCUUGGUAGACAGACAAGCAAAAUUAAACAGACCUCGUGAAAAGAUACGUGGUACUCAAAAGCUGGUUGCCAAAGGUGAAAACAUGAGGCUUAUCAAAUCGCAGGAGGCAAGCAAGCACAUCCGAUUCCUUGAGGAGCCUUGAGUUACUGGAAUUAUACAUUUUAAUUUUUUUUUUUCACUUUUUGUUUAACCCUACAUUUGUAAACUGUACUAUACAUUUCCUUUAAAGAUUGAUAUUCUAUAUUGGAUGCUCUAAUACAGUUGUCACAACUUUGUACAUCAGUGUUAGGAAGCCCAACAUAUGUUUUGCGUUAAGCUGAAUUGAAACAUUGUUUUUAUAAUAAAAUACAUAUUUAAAAUGUA